AUGGAUCAUGUUUUCAUACAAGUGACAGGAAAGAAGCAAAUUGUGCUGUUCAGUCUUGGAGAUGCACAACAUUUAUAUUUAUCGGGUUGUAAAUCAGAAGUGCUGAAUGCUGGCAGCCCAGAGCCGGAUAAAUCCCCACCCUUUCCUAAGGUGAGGAGGUAUGAGUGUUCUCUUGAAGCUGGUGAUGACCUACUCACUCCUGCCUUAUGGUUCCAUACGGUAAUCUCUGAGGAGUUUGUAGUGGGAGGGAAUAGCUUUCGGAAGCACCUUCCAUGGGAACCCUACGACACAACGGAUACCCGUGGUAACAGAGAUCCUGUAGCAGCAUCCAGAGCUGUGCAGAUCUUGGACAGAGCUUUGAAAACACUGGCUGAAUUAUCAGAGGAAUACAGGGACUUCUAUACAUGCUAA